UCGGGCCGGUCCCGGACGGACGGCGUUGCGUGUGGAUUCCCCGGGCCUACUUCCUUCCCCGAAGCCUUCUGCCGGCUCCCCGCUCCCGCGGCUUCUUGCAGCACCAAGUUAGACAGACUGGGGCUUCAAAUGUGCCGGGGGUCAGCUAGGGGAAAGGGAGUUUGGCUCUUCAGGGCCACGAAGGGACCUCGCUCAUCCCUACUUGGAGGGAAUUCAGUUGCCGCCUCCCGAGCGCGGAGUACAGGGCGUCGGCCACCUUACCAGUGCUCAGUAAAUCACGUCACUACAUGAUUUUCCUAGAUCGGUGGUUCUCGCCCGACCGAGCCCAUCACUUACGUGCUAAUGCCGAAGUUGGGGCUGUCGUCUCGCUCCCCGCCCCUCGCCUCCCCAGUACCCAAGACCUCACGUGGCAUCCCCCGCUCGUUUCGGGCGGGGAACGUGUCUACCGUAGGGAUCGCCUCUCUUUGUUGCCCGGUUGUGCUUCCCAGGCGCUGAGCGCAGUGCCCUGCCCAGAGUAAGCGCUCAAUAAAUACGAUUGAAUGAACGAACUCGGUUAUACGAUCCCCUCCCAAGCACUUAGUACGGCGCUCAGAUCGAUCGAUUGACGGAUCGAUUGCUAUUAAGGCUUCCACCUAGCCACAGACCACCCCCUCAGAGAGCUGGCGGCGCGGCCAGAUCUCCGCCGGCCGACGUGAGCGGGAGGAUGCGCGGAGCCGAGGGCCCCCCGUAAUCCAAAAACCCAACCUUAGCCCUGUGCUUCAACUGCUUUUUUCCACGAUCCUCGGCGGGGCCGAGCACCAAUCGAUCGAUGGUACUUAGCCCGUAUCGUGGGCGGGGCGCCGUACUAAACGCUUGGAGUCGAUAAGCAGCCUCGAACCAGGUAACCUCAUCUUCUGGACUGUAAGUUUGUCGUGGGCGGGGAAUAUCUGUCCUGUUGCUCUGUUGUCUUCUCCCGAGCGCUUAGUACAGUGCUCCGCACACAGUAGGGCCUCAGUAAAUACAACUGAGUGACCGAUUUCCAAAUUGCCGCCGGGGGAGAGAGGGAGGGUGCAAGAAGGUGUCACCAAAAGGGCACCGUCGGGCGUGGUUGUGCAAACCUCCUUUCCUAGCCUCGUGUCCCGUGGUCCUCGAACGACAGGACGCAAGAGAAAACGGGAAUCGGGUGACUCUCACCGGCGAAACGGAAGCCUCGGACCUUCACGCGCGCCGUCCCCGUAGAGAUCCGGCCCCGGACAGAUCCCGGAGGAACCCCCGCGGAGGAAGCGACUGUAAUAGCGCCGCGGGCCGUGCCUCGGGGCCAUGGACACGGGGCCACUCCGGGACCGGCUGGCCCGGGCCGGCCAGGAUCACCUGCUGCAAUUCUGGGAGGAGCUGACCGAGCCCCAGCGACGGGAGCUGUUCCGGGAGCUGGAGGCCAUGGACUUCGAGGAGCUCAACGGCUUCUUCCGAAGAGCCGUGGACGGUUCCGGUCAGGCCGCGGGCCAGGGGAAGGUGGACGACGCCCGCAUGGAAGCGGUGCCCCGGGACGUGCUAGGCAGCACCAGCCGGGAUCGGGAGGAGCUGGACGCUUGGGAGAGGGAAGGCCUGUUGCAGAUUGCCCAGAGUAGAGUCGCCGUUCUCCUCCUCGCCGGGGGCCAGGGGACGAGGCUCGGGGUGGCCUACCCCAAGGGGAUGUACGACGUGGGGCUGCCUUCGCACAAGACCCUCUUCCAGAUCCAGGCGGAGCGCAUCCUGAAGCUGCAGCGCCUGGCGGAGGAGCGGCUCGGCCGCCAGUGCGCCAUCCCUUGGUACAUCAUGACCAGUGGCCGGACGAUGGAAUCCACCCGGGAGUUCUUCUCUAAGCACAGACACUUUGGCCUGAAAAAGGAAAACGUGAUCUUCUUCCAGCAGGGAAUGCUGCCUGCCGUGGGCUUCGACGGGAAAAUCAUCCUGGAGGAGAAGAGCAAAGUAUCCAUGGCCCCAGACGGGAAUGGCGGCCUGUACCGGGCCCUGGCCGCCCAGAACAUCGUGGAGGACAUGGAGCGGAGGGGCAUCUGGAGCGUCCAUGUCUACUGUGUGGACAAUAUCUUGGUCAAAGUAGCCGACCCCCGGUUCAUCGGCUUCUGCGUUCAGAAAGGAGCGGACUGUGGCGCCAAGGUGGUGGAGAAGACGAACCCUACGGAGCCGGUCGGGGUGGUGUGCAGAGUGGACGGCGUCUACCAGGUGGUGGAGUACAGCGAGAUCGCGCUGGGGACGGCCCAGAGGCGCGGCGCGGAUGGCCGGUUGCUUUUCAACUCGGGGAACAUCGCCAAUCACUACUUCACCGUGCCCUUCCUCCGAGACGUGGUCAGGAUCCACGAGCCCCAGCUGCAGCACCACGUGGCCCAGAAGAAGAUUCCUUGCGUGGACCCGCGGGGGCAGCCCGUGAAGCCCGACAAACCGAAUGGGAUAAAGAUGGAGAAAUUCGUCUUCGAUAUCUUUCAGUUCGCCAAGACGUUCGUGGUGUUCGAGGUGCUGCGGGAGGACGAGUUCUCCCCGCUGAAGAACGCCGAAAGCCAGAACGGCAAGGACAACCCCACGACGGCCCGGCACGCCCUCAUGUCCCUGCACCACUGCUGGGUCCUCAACGCCGGGGGACACUUUGUCGAUGAGAACGGCUCCCGCCUGCCCGCCAUCCCCCGCAGUGCUACCCGCGGAAGGUCAGAGGUCAUCUCAGCCGAUGUCAAUCACAACUUGAAGGACGCCAAUGACCUGCCAAUCCAGUGUGAAAUCUCCCCGCUCAUCUCGUACGCCGGAGAAGGCCUGGAACCCUACGUGGCGGGCAAGGAAUUCCGGGCCCCCCUGAUCAUCGACGAGAGCGGGGUCCGCGAGCUGGUGGAGAACGGCGUCUGAGCGCGGAGCGAGUGUCCGGCCGCGGGGACGACGGGUCCGGGGCGGCGGCUGCUUAACAGAUAGCGUGGUAUUUGUUACCCGCGUCAUAGCUGGCCCCGGCUCCACGGCGUUCCGGGGUCCCGGAGGAUCCGGCCCUCGGGGGCUCACCAGUGGACGGUUCUCCCCGGCCCAAGUCAGCCGCGGCCCCGGACGCUCCUCCGGCUCAGGUGCGGUGAAGGGGCCUCACCGUGCCCUUGAGCUGGGGAAAUUUAUUUUUGCAGUUGUAAAUAGUAAUAAAUAAUGGAUGCUUCGGGGCUUUUAUGGUA